AUGGCUGAACCUUAUAAACCGUAUGUGCAGCAAUGGCUGCAAAAUGGAUUAAAAUCACGAAGGAAUGAUUUUUUUCGACAUAUUGAUGCACGAUUAUUAGUUGAACAAGCACAGCGAAAUGUACGUUAUAAAACUGAACAACAGAAUCAAGGUAUGGGAAACUGCAUAAAUUUUGGUCGUCCAAGAUCGUCCAAAUUGCAGCAAAACCAAGUACCCGAUAUAUCAUUGAAUCUCAUUCCACGACCACAACCAAUUGUCUCACCAUCGUCAAUACAAUGUACAAUAAAUCAUCAAAAUAAUACGGCUAUUGGAACACCAUCAUCAUCAGGUGUUUCAAGUGCAUCAUCAUCAACAGCUUCAGCAACUGUGUUAAAAUCAAUUAGUGAUAAUAAUAAUUAUAGUCGUUUUCAAUAUGUAGCAUUAUUUGAUUAUGAUGCAAGAACAAAUGAUGAUUUAACCAUACGAAAAAGUGAUUUAUUGGAAAUAACUUAUAGAAAAAAUGCGGCAUGGUGGAAAGCUAAAAAUGAAAAUGGAGAAGAAGGUUGGAUACCUUCAAAUUAUGUUGCAAAACGAGAUAGUUUAGAAUCAGAACCAUGGUAUUUUAAAUCAAUACGUCGAAUUGAUGCUGAAAAACAACUUAUGUCAGAUGUUAAUGAACAUGGAAGUUUUCUUAUUCGAGAUAGUGAAACCAAAAAGACAGAUUUUUCAUUAUCAAUUCGAGAUAGUGAUUCAGUAAAACAUUAUCGAAUACGUCAAAGUGAAGAUGGUCGAUUUUAUAUAGCACGUCGAACAACAUUUAAUACGUUACCUGAACUUGUGACUCAUUAUUCCAAAAUGUCAGAUGGUUUGUGUGUAAAUUUACGGCGUCCCUGUGUACAUAUUGUUAAACCUGAACCGGAUGGUUUAUCACAUAGUCUUGUUGAUAAAUGGGAAAUAUCUCGACAUGAUAUAAAAUUAAUUCGACGUCUUGGUCAUGGACAAUUUGGUGAUGUUUGGGAAGGUGUAUGGAAUGAUAAUGUAUCUGUUGCAGUUAAAACACUUAAACCAGGUUCAAUGAAUCCAAUUGAUUUUUUGGCAGAAGCAUCUAUUAUGAAAAAAUUACGACAUGCAAAUCUUAUUCAAUUAUAUGCUGUUUGUACAAUUGAAGAACCAAUUUAUAUUGUUACAGAAUUAAUGAAAAAUGGAAGUCUUUUAGAUUAUUUACAAGGUCCUCGUGGUCGACAACUUAAAAUGUCAGCAUUAAUUUAUAUGGCAACACAAAUUGCUCGUGGAAUGGCCUAUUUAGAACAACAAAAUUAUAUUCAUCGAGAUCUUGCUGCUCGAAAUGUUCUUGUUGGUGAAAAUAAUACUGUCAAAAUAGCUGAUUUUGGUUUAGCAAGAAUAAUCAAGGAAUAUGCUGGAGGUAUGUAUGAAGCAAAGGAAGGCACAAAAUUUCCCAUAAAAUGGACUGCACCUGAAGCUGCACUUUACAAUCGAUUUACAACCAAAAGCGAUGUUUGGUCGUAUGGUAUUUUAUUAACAGAACUAGUAACAUUUGGUCGUACACCAUAUCCUGGUAUGACCAAUGCUGAAGUAUUACGACAAGUCGAUCAAGGUUAUCGUUUACCACAACCACCAAAUUGUCCUUUAUCACUUUAUACAAUUAUGCGUGAAUGUUGGCAUGCUCAACCCGACAAUCGACCAUCAUUUAGUGCAUUACAAUAUCGUCUUGAAAAUGAAUAUACAGGCGAAAAUCCUGAAUUUAGCAAUUAG